UGGGUCUGAGGUGGGAACUCAGUACCCGGAAGAGCUCUCCUGCUGCCCAUAGGACUGUCAGAGGGACCAGAGAGAUCCCUUUCUAAGGAACAGAAGGUUCUAGGCUUGGCUGUGAGGCCUGCACAAUUCCCAUUCUCAGCUGUUCAGUGAGCUAAUCGGGCCGCAGUGUCUCCAAGGUCCUGGACCUGUGAUAGUCCAAAUUCUGCUUUGAAAAAUUAUUCGCCCUUCCCCUUUUCCCAGGAGACAUCAUCCUGUGACACUAACACCAGCUCUCCUGUCCCUGGGGUACAGCGCAGAGAGACAGCAGCUGGUCCUGAAAAAGGGAGGGCUCAGGGUGGGGCUGAGCGGGGCUGAGAGAGAAUGCUGGGAGAGUCAAGGGAGAGACAGACGGGGAGUUCAAGCCUUCGGGGUAGCUGCAGCCAUGGAUCCCCUUUCGGUAAGAGACCCUUGCUGCCCUCCCCUCCCCAUCUUGGUCCCACGACUCACUGCCCAUGGGGAUUCAGGGACAGUCUAGCUGCUGGACAAAUAGUAGGACCACCAUGUGGAGGGGAGACCCCAGAGACAGUGCCUGGAGGAGAAAUGCCUUCCAAGGCAGAGGCGAAGUGAGAGCGGUUGAUGGAGGGGAGCACAGUAGGAGCCUGUGAGGAGCCCGGCUUAGAGACCCUCCGUGUGGGCUUCAGAGAUGAAGUCAACAGUCUGGGAACUAGAUUCUUGUCGGGUUCUGUGUGCCUGUGUGUGAGUUAGGCUUCUAGGGUGGCCCUGACCACCUGCUUUAAGUCACCUCUCCAGGGAACUAACACUGGGCCCUACUAUGUAGGAUUUUUAUGAGCGUGGAAGUAAGCUAAUAAGUCCAGCCCUUUCCUUUUCUACAUAAUAAACUGUGUUUGUAACAAGGAAGACGUAACAGCUGACUCCAGAGGGGUAGAGGCCAGAAGGUAGGUGAGGAAGGCCUCCAAACUAAGGGGUUUGGGACUCAAGAGCACUGUCCUCUCCCCUCUGCCACCCAGCCACAGCCCAGCUGGACUGAGAUUGUGAACAAAAAGCUCAGGUUCCCACCCACGCUCCUGGGUGCCAUCCAAGAGGGGCAGCUGGGUCUGGUGCAACAGCUGCUGGAGUCAGGCCCCGACGCCUCGGGCGCUGGGCCAGGCGGGCCUCUGCGGAAUGUGGAAGAGUCCGAGGACCGCUCCUGGAGGGAAGCCCUCAACCUGGCCAUCCGUCUGGGCCAUGAGGCCAUCACCGAUGUGCUGCUCGCCAACAUCAAGUUUGACUUCCGGCAGGUCCACGAAGCCCUGCUAGUGGCGGUGGACACAAACCAGCCAGCAGUGGUGCGUCGCCUACUAGCUCGGCUGGACCGGGAGAAGGGCCGAAAAGUAGAUACCAAGUCUUUCUCACUAGCUUUCUUUGACUCGUCGAUCGAUGGCUCCCGCUUUGCGCCUGGUGUUACUCCACUCACACUGGCCUGCCAGAAGGACCUGUAUGAGAUUGCCCAGCUGCUCAUGGACCAAGGUCACACUAUCGCUCGGCCCCACCCAGUUUCCUGCGCCUGUCUUGAGUGCAGCAAUGCCCGCCGAUAUGACCUGUUAAAGUUCUCUUUGUCCCGAAUCAACACCUACCGCGGCAUUGCAAGCCGGGCUCACCUCUCCCUGGCCAGCGAGGAUGCCAUGCUGGCCGCCUUUCAGCUCAGCCGGGAGCUCAAGCGCCUUGCACGAAAGGAGCCUGAGUUUAAGCCUCAGUACAUUGGCCUGGAGUCGCUCUGCCAGGACUAUGGCUUUGAACUGCUGGGCAUGUGCCGGAAUCAGAGCGAGGUCACUGCGGUGCUCAAUGACCUGGGUGAGGACAGUGAGACUGAGCCUGAGGCUGAGGGCCUGGGCCAGGCCUUUGAGGAGGGCAUCCCCAACCUGGCAAGAUUGCGGUUGGCUGUCAACUAUAACCAGAAACAGUUUGUAGCACAUCCCAUCUGCCAGCAAGUUCUGUCUUCCAUCUGGUGUGGGAACCUGGCUGGUUGGCGUGGAAGCACCACCAUCUGGAAGCUCUUCGUUGCCUUUCUCAUCUUCCUCACCAUGCCCUUCCUCUGCAUUGGCUACUGGCUGGCGCCCAAGUCCCGGCUGGGCCGCCUGCUGAAGGUCCCAGUGUUGAAGUUCCUGCUGCACUCUGCCUCCUAUCUGUGGUUUCUUAUAUUCUUGCUGGGAGAGUCCCUGGUCAUGGAGACUCAGCUGAGCACCUUCAAAGGCCGCAGCCAGAGUGUCUGGGAGACUUCACUACAUAUGAUUUGGGUCACGGGCUUCCUGUGGUUUGAGUGUAAGGAGGUGUGGAUCGAGGGCUUGCGCAGUUACCUCCUGGACUGGUGGAAUUUCCUGGAUGUGGUCAUCCUGUCGCUGUACUUGGCAUCCUUUGCACUGCGCCUCCUGCUGGCUGGGCUGGCCUACAUGCACUGCCAGGAAGCCUCUGACAGCGCCACCUGCCACUACUUCACUGCUGCUGAGCGGAGUGAGUGGCGCACAGAGGACCCCCAGUUCCUGGCCGAGGUACUCUUCGCUGUCACCAGCAUGCUGAGCUUCACCCGGCUGGCGUAUAUCCUGCCAGCUCAUGAAUCGCUGGGCACUCUGCAGAUUUCCAUUGGCAGGAUGAUCGACGACAUGAUCAGGUUCAUGUUCAUCCUCAUGAUCAUCCUGACUGCCUUUCUCUGUGGCCUCAACAACAUUUAUGUGCCGUACCAGGAGACGGAGCAGCUGGGCAACUUCAACGAAACGUUCCAGUUUCUAUUCUGGACCAUGUUCGGCAUGGAGGAACACAAAGUGGUGGACAUGCCUCAGUUCCUGGUGCCUGAGUUCGUGGGCCGGGCCCUGUACGGCAUCUUCACCAUCGUCAUGGGCAUCGUGCUGCUCAACAUGCUCAUUGCCAUGAUCACCAACUCCUUCCAGAAGAUCGAGGAUGAUGCUGACGUGGAGUGGAAGUUUGCUCGCUCCAAGCUCUACUUGUCCUACUUCCGAGAGGGCUUGACGCUGCCUGUGCCCUUCAACAUCCUGCCCUCCCCGAAGGCUGCCUUCUACCUGGUCAGGAGAAUUUUCUGGUUCCUUUGCUGUUGCUCCUCCUGCUGCAAAGCCAAGAAGUCGGAUUACCCCGCCAUCCCUACCUUUGCCAACCCUGGGGCAAGGGAAGGGCCUGGAGAAGGGGAGCGCGGGUCUUACCGCCUUCGCGUCAUCAAGGCUCUGGUGCAGCGCUACAUCGAGACUGCCCGGCGCGAGUUCGAGGAGACCCGCAGAAAAGACCUGGGCACCAGACUGACAGAGCUCACCAAGACUGUGUCUCGACUGCAAAGCGAGGUGGUCAGUGUGCAGAAGACUCUGGCAGCAGGUGGGGCACCACGGCCUCCCGAUGGCGCCAGCAUCCUCAGUCGCUACAUCACCCGCGUGCGCAACAGCUUCCAGAAUCUGGGUCCCCCCACCCCUGAGACCCCAGCAGAGCUAACCAUGCCAGGGAUUGUGGAAACUGAGGUCUCUUUAGGAGCUGGCCUUGAUGCUAUAGGAAAGGGGGAGACUCCAGCAUCGGGAGAGUCCAGCCACGCCUCCCCUGCUCAUGUGUUGGUGCACAGGGAACAAGAAGCAGAGGGGGCAGGGGACCUGCCCCUGGAGGAAGGUCUGGAGACCAAGGGUGAGUCCUAAUACAAGCAGGGUCUCUUCUGUCACCAAAUGUAGCAGCCUUGCUGUGUAGGCAUGGGUCUUGUAACAGAAGACCGUGAUGUUUCUUUGCCUUGGUAAACUUUCUGCUAUGCAAGUCAGGUAACAGUCA